AUGGCGCCGCUCUUGAGUAAGAUUUUGGCGUUUGUUCUACCAUUGACCUGCAUUACCGUUGUCGAGGCAUGGGGAGGACCUCCAUCGGGUCAAGGACAUGGCCAGCAGUUCAACAGGCCGAAGCUGUCGCAACAGCAGACUAAUGGACAAAGCGACCUGGGAUCAUUGAAUGCUCCCAGACUAUCUCCUUUCAUCGACGGACCUCAUCCCAAUGGCUCACCAUUUCCCUGGGGCGAUCGCAAUGCCAGCAACUGUAAUCCGUAUGAUCCAAGCGCUAUUCCCAACACUGGUGUGACAAGGCACUAUCAGUGGACGGUCACGAACACAACCCUGGCUCCCGAUGGCGUGCAGUUACCUAUGCUUGUAGCAAAUGGAGCUUUCCCAGGUCCUGUCAUCGAAGCCAAUUGGGGAGACUGGAUCGAAGUAGCUGUCACGAAUGGCCUAGAGAUAGAAGGAACAGCAAUCCACUGGCAUGGCUUCCUCCAGACCGGCACCCCUUACAUGGACGGCACCCCGGGAGUGUCCCAGUGCCCGAUCGCGCCUGGCAAGACUUUCACUUACAGAUUCCGUGCUGAGCUUUACGGCACAUCUUGGUGGCAUGGACACUACAGUGCACAGUAG